UUAAUCCGUCGAAACAUUUUAUCAACAUGAAGUUCUUCGUCAUUUUUGCAGCCGUUGCCGUUGCUUGUGUCUUAGGGGGUGACGUAUACGAUACCUCGAGAUUCGACAAUGUUGAUAUUGACGCCAUAAUUAAAAAUGAACGUUUACUGCAGAACCACUUCAACUGCUUUCUGGAAGGAAAAGGGUGCACACCAGAAGCUGAGGAAAUCAGAAAACAUAUUCCUGAAAUAAUGGAAACCUGCUGUGCCAAGUGUUCAGACAAACAGAAGGAGAAUGGCAAGAAAAUGACAGAAUUCUUGAUCAAGAAUAAACCAGAAAUGGUUAAGCAGAUGCUGGACAAAUACGACCCCGACAGAAAAUAUCUGGAAAAAUGCGCCGAUCACCUUAAAUCCCAAGGAAUCGAUCUGAGCAGUUUCUGAUAAGGAUGUGUCGUGUGAUAUCUGAACGAAAUAAAGUUUGUUGUUUUA